AUGGGAAUCGAAGUGAGAGCAAGGAAGCCGCUGACAGUCGUCACCGCAACGACGGCUUCGAUCGAAGACGUCUCUGCAAGGCGGCGUCUUCUGCACCAUCUCCCACCUCGUAAACUCUUCUGGGACCCUGUGCAUGGAGAGAUAUCCCUACACCCGGUCUCAGUGGCCAUCUUGGACACACCCGAGUUCCAGCGGCUUCGCCACAUCAGCCAGCUGGGCACGGCCAAUUAUGUCUAUCCGGGCGCCUCGCACACGCGCUUCGAGCACAGCCUGGGAACGGCACAUCUGGCUAGGCUCUUAGGCUCACGUAUACGGGAACGCCAACCCGAGCUGAAUAUAACGGACAAGGAGUUGCUGUGCUUGGAGUUGGCCGGCCUGUGUCAUGACCUGGGUCACGGGCCCUUUUCACACGUCUGGGAAUCAUUCUACCGCUCAGGAGCCACCAGCAGAGGCCUUGCACCGCUUUGGAGCCACGAGACCAUGUCCUGUAAGCUUCUCCGGCAUCUGUUGCGCGUUCAUGGUCUCCAAGAAAUCUUCGAUGCGUGGGAACAGCACUUUGGACAGGGAUUCACCAGUGAGGACCUGAAAUUAGUCCAGGAUCUCAUCUUGGGUAACGUAGAUCAAACUUCACCUUCCCGGCGAUUCCUCUUUCAAAUAGUCUGCAACCCCGACUCAGGUCUUGACGUGGACAAGUGGGACUACUACCUGCGGGACUCCCACGCUGUUGGCGUGACGUGCGGAUUUCAGUACGAGCGACUUGUAAGCAGCGCUCGCGUAGUGUUUACUGAGGACGGGGAAGCGCACAUUGCCUUCCGCGACAAAGAGUUGGAGAACGUGUACGAGAUGUUUCGCACCCGCAGCCGGCUGCACAAGACCGUCUACCGCCAUCGCUUCACGGGCGUCGCCGAGACGAUGAUCUGCGAUGCGAUUCGGCUGGUUGACGAAAAAACGCGCAACAUCUUCAGCCACGAGAACCGCUUCCUGCGCUUCUGGCAAACCACUCACGACGUUGCCCGUCCAGAUGCAGUAAGAGCGGCGAUUGAAGAGUUCGUCGCACUCACUGACCGUUCGGUAGAGCUAUCAGUGCGUAGCUCGCGCUCCAGCGAUCCCGACGUUUUGCGAGCUCAGAGACUGUGGAGGUCCCUAUUGAAAAAUUCCAUAUGUGUCACAGAAGAAGCAGUGCGGGCAUCAUUCCUCGACGCCUUACCAGAGGAUGUCCGUCCACCGACAGAGGACCUCGUGCUGAAUCUCGAAAAUGUACACUGGGGCCGCGGUACGGAAGACCCUGUCAGGAAUGUGCUCUUUUAUCGGAAGUCUCGGCCAGACGCUCCUGUCCGGAUCGAUGAGUUGCGCACUUUGGGACGAGUGUACAUGGUCCCUUCAAAAUUUCAGGACUCUCUCUGGCACUUCAUUUUGCGAGCGCCCCCAAAACCAGGUUUCGAGCAAUAUUUGGACCAAUGCCUCGCGUCGCUGAGGACAACCAAGUAA